AUGCACUACCAAGUCAUCAUCCGGGAGGUUCACCGCCUAUGGCGACGUCAAAUGAUAUCAGUCACAUGGGCUGCUACACCCCAUCUUACACCCGAGCUCAUCAAUGUGACCACAUCUAUCCCGUACGAUCCUCUUCGGUCUUUCUCCCCACCGGACUCGUGCCUGGGCUCAACAUACACGCUGGCGCCCGAGGGCAAUGAUACAUUUCUCAUCACCGCUGCUCGGCGUGGACCGCAGUCAGGGUGCUAUCCGUCCGAGGCCAGCUGGGACGGCAUCACACUCGGCGCGAUGACUACCGACGCCGUCACGUUCUCGCCCGGCACUUGCCCUGCGGGAUACAUCACCUACACCGGAGGCACUGUCAGGAAUAACGCAAACAUCACCUUGGCAACGUGCUGCCCUGCUAAGACUUUGACCCUGGCAGUCAACACAACGGUUGGUGUAGCAAUCUGCCAGGAAGUCGGACCGGGCGCUGCUGGGAUCACUUUGAUCCAUGGUACCAGCCUUAUCCGAACUUACGCUCCUUAUCUCCAGGCCAUUCCCAUAGUCGUUGGCUUCCAAGAAUCCGACCUCGACUUCCUUCGAAGAGAGCCGAGCAUAAGUUCAGACUCGCCGCAGCCAGGUGCCAGCGUAUCGGGACAGCCUAUUGCUACAUCAUCCACAUUCCCGCUGCCAUCUCCAAUACCACCAUCACCCGGUCUCUCUACGGGCGUACAAGCAGGUAUUGGAGUGGCUGCAGCGUCCGCUGCCAUGCUGUUCUUGGUCAUCGGUGCAUUUCUGUGGCGGCGACGAAAGAGGCGUCAGCUUGUGGCAACGAUUUCAGAAGGCGGUAUUGGCAAAGCGGAGCUGCCAGGCGAAGGAGUGCAUAGAGAGCUCGGUCAGGAGUACGCUGUGUAUGAGAAAGGCACAUCUGACAGGCCACCCGAGAUGGCGAACACCGAGAGAGCAGAAUUGGAGACCGACUGGACAGGUUGGGAAGCGCCAGCUGUGGUCGAGGUGGAAUUGUCCAGGCCAACGAGUCUUGCACCCGAUGGUGAUCGUGACCGCAGUCGUCAAGAUCUGCAAGCGCUUGCGAAGCCCAGCCGAGCAGAAGAAGAGACGGGAAGACGAUUGCCAAGCGUUGACAUUGUGAGAUCGCAAGAUACCGCGCAGGAUAUGUGA